UGCAUGGCUUUCAUAAAGAAUACAAUUGAGAACGCUAUAGUGGGCUCAAUUACAGAGUGUACUUCCGCUGGGGAGUACCUAGAAAAGAUAAAGAGCCAGUUCACUGGUUCUUCAAAGACAUAUGCAACCCAGCUGUUGAAGCAGCUGGUGACAGAAAAGUAUACUGGAGGUGCACAUGGCAUCGGGGAGCACAUCCUCAGGAUGAGCAACAUGGCUGCAAAGCUGAAGCCCAUGGAUGCUGACCUGGAGCUGAAGCCUGCACUUCUGGUUCACUUGGUGAUGGCUUCAUUGCCACAACAGUUUGAAAACUUUGUCAUCAAUUACAACAUGAGCCCUGAGAAAUGGGACAUUGAAAAGACCAUUGCCAUGUGUGUGCAAGAGGAGGAUAGACUCAAGGCACUGUAA